AUGGGCGAUUUUACGUUACCCUUCUACUCGUUCAUUCGACUUUCCUUUCAGUUUUUUGUUUUCGGAGCUUUGGCAUUGAUGUUUGCCCACAACUCCAUCGUGUCCGCCUUUUACUUCAAAACGCGCCAACGCAACCUCUCAAACUUCCUUAAGAUAAUCUUCAAUUUCUCGGGAUGUCUAAGAAAUUGUCUGAUUUUUGCAUCAACUCUGCUUGGACCAGAUGUGACCACGCCUCUCUGCAUAGGAGUGGUUGUUCCUACCAAUGUUACCCAAUUCAUGUUUCUGUCAUCUUUGACUCUCUUCAUGAUAUGGAGAUUACGGCAAAUUGAAAGCAAAACUUAUGAUUCAGCUAUUUGCGGCUUUCUAUUCUUUGGAAGAAUUGUCGUGCAACUUACUCAAGUUGUGAUGUCGGUACCAGUGGCGGAAGAAUCCCCUGACAUACCCGGAGCAUAUUUUUGUAAGAUGCAUAUAGAGGAAAAGACGACUAGGGCAUUGUUUUACACAUAUCAUGUUCUUGAUGUCUUAAUCGACAUUUAUGUUACAAUACGGCUUGUCUAUAUUCUUCACAAGGCCAAUACUAAUGCAAAGCGUGUGGCGGCGGCCAACAUGCGCCACUCACCCCCCAAACGUAGUUUAUUCACAGCCAUCAUGUACUGGAAUUUCGUGCGCUUGCUUGCUACAUUCUUACACUACAGUGUAACCCUUUCUGGAGUCAUUACAUCCCAAGAGAAUCCCUUCAAAUACUGGACGUUCCAGCUGUUUGCUCUGAUAAUAUUAAGCUAUUCUAUUACUGUUGAUGCAGAAAUUGUAAAGGUUGUUGGAGGAAGACCUGUAAGCUCGAAUAAGGGAGGCAUCGCAGGCGGUACAGGCAAGAAAUCUUACCAAGCUAGCCUGCCGUCUCCACGGGCACCGCCAUCUUAUAAAAGCCAGGUGGUUGCAUCGAACAAUAAUGACAAUAGCCCGCAAUCAUCAUAUGCGCAACAACCUGGUUCGCUACCCGUUUACGAAGAAGUGAAUGGCCAAACAAUGGCAUUAUCGGUCAAGCGAGCGUCCUUUUUUGAAUUGGCUUCAACGAGUCUGGGGUUCCAUAGUAACGAUUUAGAUGAACAGUACAAGGACCGUGAUAUCGAAAAGGCAGAAGUCAACGACUCUAUUGAAAUAGUCCAGGAUGAGGAGCCUAUAUCAGGGGAGCGAAUUGUUGAGGAAUCCGACGUGGACGCAGUAGACACGGAUCAAAGAUGUAGCAGCACAAUCAGCGGUGACACGGCCAUUAACGUAACACAAGUUUCUGUUGACGAUAAAUCGGUUAUCCUUGAGCUUUAA